CAUGAUGAAAGAACGAUGCACGUUUCCCACAUAAAUACUGAGGCAGGAUGUGAUACGUAUAGUAUAAGAGAAGCAUUCCAGGGAGCAGCUAGAGCCACCAGGAUUAGAGGUGUAGGAGUAAAUCCCCGCCAGAUAUCUGAAUAAAACCUGCUCCGCCACCGUCCCGGGAGAGGGUGUGUACAUUGUCCAGCAGGAGAUCGUGGCAAGAACCAGACCCAAAUAUCUCCCUUCCAGCCACCACCACCAUGUCAGAGAGCGACUGGGACACCGUGACAGUGUUAAGAAAGAAACCUCAGAAGUCUUCGCAGCUGAAAAGUGAGCAGGCUGUCAAUCAGGCCCGGAGAAGUGGCCUCCAGGUGGAAACCAGCUCAAAAUAUGGGGCGGCCACCAACAAGCAACACGGCACCUCCCUUAACACGGCCAAGCUGGACCGAGAGACUGAGGAGCUGAAGCACGAGAAGGUGACUGUGGAUGUGGGCAGACUCAUUCAGAAGGGACGGCAGUCUAAGGGAUGGACUCAGAAGGACCUUGCUACUCACAUUAAUGAGAAGCCACAGGUCAUCCAGGAAUACGAGCAGGGCAAGGCCGUGCCAAAUCAGAGUGUCCUCGGAAAAAUAGAGAGGGCCAUCGGGUUGCGUCUGCGAGGCAAAGACAAGGGCCAGCCAUUACAGCCACCCGGGAGCAAGAAGAAGUAAGAGUGAACCAGCUUCCUCAGGUUCUAUGUGCUGGAUACAGGAAGCUGUACUACAACUGGGCAGACCUGGCACCUACAGCUUACAGACCCUUAGUUGUCCUUAGGAAGAACACUCAUCUGUUGUACUGGGCUUAACUGGAGUUGUGUGUUGCUAUGGUAAAUUAACUUGCUUUCAGUUUGUAUUUUUAUAGACUUUUCCUCUCAGCCUUCAUUUGGAGGAGAUAAUUGCCCUCACUUGAAGGGAAUAAAGGGUUGUCAUUUGUCAAGACUGGAACUUGUAAACCAUUUUUUGAUUCUGUGUUUUGUUAAAGUGAAGUUCUUGUUAAGUGAAGAUAUGCACUGUUAUUUAUCAUGCUUGGAAGUGUGUUAUGAAAUCCACUUGUCUGAUGCAAUGAAGUUUAUGUAGAUGUUCAUUUUAAUGUCAACUUUUGUUGAUAUUAACUGAUUUCUUUUAAUGAUUUUUCUUUAUUUAUAUUUAGUACAUGUAACUGGCUUACAAACCUUAACUUAAUAUUUCCUUGUAAUUAAGGAACACUGUCAGUUGUCAUGCUAGAUAUUCUUUAUUUGCAGAAAGGCAAGAUAAGGUUGAUCGGAGAAAUUAACAUGUUGAACAGUCUCUUUACAUUUCUUGGCAUACUCGUGUUAAACCUUUUGUCAAUUUUCUAUGGUGUAUGCUGAAUAAAUAUUCUGGUAGUUGAA